ACGACCAGUUGCCUGUCGCAGUCCAUACGCGGCGCACAUGUCUCGUGUAACCCUCGUUAAACUAGUCCAUCAUGUGCUUUUGUUUACUGUGUGAAGGUGUUGGUGUUGUUGUGGGGUGAAGGUGGUGGGGCCCAGGAAUGUUCCCGGCCUUACGGGACACUCUGAGAGCAGCAGCGCGCAACUUUUGGUCCCUAGUCCUAUAUAUUGUGGUAGGCGGUGCACACCACCCUUCCCUGGCCAUGGAUCCAUUCGCCUCUGAUGACCAGCAGCUUACCCCGAGUAGCUCGAGUCUAUCCAGCGAUGACCCGCACCCCUCCCAGUCUACCCCAGACACACCAGAAGAUUUGCCCUCAAAAUUCUGGAUGGCAGGAAUAUCGCAGAUUGGUGCUCGUUCUCCUGAUCAGAAGGAGUUCACUGUUGCCACACCGCAAGAAUUUGUCAGGAAGUUUGGAGGCAAGAAAGUUAUCACAAGAAUCCUCAUUGCAAACAAUGGCAUCGCUGCAGUCAAGUGUAUGCGUAGCAUCCGCAAGUGGGCUUAUGAGGUGUUUAGAAAUGAUCAUGCCUUUCAUUUCAUUGGAAUGGUUACCCCCGAGGAUCUUAAAGCUGGAGCAGAGUAUGUCAAACUGGCCGAUACCACAGUGUGGGUACCUGGAGGGGCAAACAACAAUAACUAUGCCAAUGUGAAGCUCAUUCUUGAUAUUGCCACUCGUUAUGAUGCAGAUGGUGUCUGGGCUGGUUGGGGUCAUGCCUCGGAGUACCCCGAACUACCAGCAAAGCUACACAAGAAUGGCAUAGCAUUUAUUGGUCCACCUGAAAAGGCCAUGUGGGCACUUGGCGACAAAAUUGCAUCGAGUAUAGUUGCCCAAACAGCAAAUAUACCGACUCUUCCGUGGUCUGGCUCAGGUCUAAAGGCAGAAUACACUGAAAGUGACUCUGGUCCCAGAUUGAAAAUCCCACACGAGUUAUAUAAGCAGGGAUGUGUCGAGACCGUAGAAGAAGCACUCAAUGCUGCCAAGAAAAUUGGAUUUCCUGUUAUGAUUAAAGCUUCUGAAGGAGGGGGAGGAAAAGGAAUCCGCAAGACUGAGUCGGAGGAUAAUUUUCCUGCUCUUUUUCGACAGGUGCAAGCAGAAGUUCCUGGUUCUCCUAUUUUCAUAAUGAAAUUAGCAGAGUGUGCUCGUCAUUUGGAGGUGCAGAUUAUUGCCGAUGUUUAUGGCAAUGCAGUUUCGCUGUUCGGACGUGAUUGCUCGGUGCAGAGAAGACAUCAGAAAAUAAUUGAAGAAGCACCAUGUGUGAUUGCUAACCCAGAAGUUUUCUACAAGAUGGAGCAGGCUGCAGUUAACCUAGCAAAAUUAGUAGGUUACGUUAAUGCUGGCACAGUUGAGUACUUGUAUGACAACGAUGGAAAUUUCUUCUUCUUGGAGUUGAAUCCUCGUCUGCAGGUGGAGCACCCUUGCACCGAAAUGAUUACAGACAUAAAUUUGCCAGCAGCACAACUACAGGUUGCAAUGGGCAUUCCACUGCAUCGAAUCCGUUGUGUGCGAGUCCUCUUUGGGGAAUCUCCAUGGGGUGACAGUGUAAUUGAUUUUAACCAAUCUAAGAAUAAGCCUGUGCCAAAAGGUCACUGUAUUGCUGCCCGUAUUACAAGUGAAAAUCCUGAUGAAGGUUUCAAGCCUAGCUCAGGGACAGUGCAAGAAUUAAAUUUUCGCUCCAGCAAAAAUGUUUGGGGUUACUUCAGUGUGUCUGCCUCCGGAGGACUUCACGAGUAUGCUGACUCUCAGUUUGGCCAUUGUUUCUCGUGGGGAGAGGACAGAGGAGCAGCUCGAGAGAACCUUGUGAUAGCCUUGAAAGAACUUUCCAUACGAGGAGAUUUCCGAACAACUGUGGAAUACUUGAUAACUCUUCUGGAGACUGAAACAUUUCAAGAAAACUCUAUUGAUACUGGUUGGCUGGAUCACUUGAUAGCAUCACAGGUGAAAGGAAAGAAACCGGAUACCAUGUUAGCAGUGAUGUGUGCAUCUGUCCUCAUAGCUGACAAUACUAUUCAGGAUGCUUAUAAUAAUUUCCACAACUCUUUAGAAAAGGGACAAACCUUGCCACUUAAAUCACUAAAUAAUGUGGUCGAGGUUGACCUGAUAUCGGAUGGGAUCAAGUACCAUGUGCAGGCCACCAAAUCGGGUCCUACUCAGUACUUCCUAGUGCUAAAUGCCACUCACAAAUGUGUCGAUUUCUUCCGCAUGAGCGAUGGUGGUCUGCUGCUGUCAGUGGAUGGAGUUAGCCAUGUCACAUACCUCAAAGAUGAAGUGGACAAGUACUGCCUCACCAUUGGUCAUCAGACUUGUGUAUUUGAAAAGGAAAAUGAUCCAACGACCCUGCGUAGUUCAGCACCAGGAAAGCUCAUAAAUUAUCUACAGGAAGAUGGAAGCCAUGUGUUUGUAGGGCAACCAUAUGCUGAAAUUGAGAGCAUGAAGAUGGUCAUGGCAUUGACAGUAACAGAAUCUGGGUGUGUGUACCACCUCAAGCGUCCUGGAGCAGUGCUGAGUGCUGGAGACAUUAUUGCAAGGUUGGAUCUCGAUGAUUCCUCCAUCGUUACGAAAGCUCAGCCAUUUACUGGAGGAUUUCCCACAAACAGUACGCCUUUACCAAGAGAAGAUGAAAAGCUUAACCACAUCUACCAAACACGAAGAGCAAUUCUGGAUAAUGUUCUCAAUGGAUAUUGUCUCCCUGAUGACUACUUCACCCCCAUGGUGAAGGUGACUGUUCAAAAGCUGAUGAGUGUGUUGCGAGAUCCAAACCUUCCCCUGCUUGAACUACAGGAAGUUAUAGCAUCAGUGAGUGGGAGAAUACCUCAAGCUGUGGAGAAGAAGAUACGCAAGUACAUGAUGAUUUACGGCAGCAAUGUGACUUCCAUGUUGGCACAGUUCCCAUCUCAGGAGAUUGCAAGUGCUGUUGAUAGUCAUGCUGCGUCUCUUCAGAAAAAAGACCGUGAUGUGUUUUUUGUAACGACUCAGGGGCUGGUUCAGCUUUGCCAACGUUACAAAAAAGGUAGUCGCGGUCGUAUGACGCAGGUUGUACAAGAACUACUAAAGCAUUAUCUACAAGUUGAGACACAGUUUCAGCAUGGGUCUUACGACAAGUGUGUCCACGCUCUGAGAGAGAAGUACAAGGAGGAUGUCACUAGUGUACUGGCUACACUUGUGUCACACUCGCAAGUUGCUAAGAAAAAUAAGAUGGUGAUUCUUCUUAUCGAGCACCUUUGUGGUCAUGAGCCGGGCUUGACGGAUGAUCUGUCAUUGAUCCUGGAACAACUGACAAAGCUCAACAGCACGGAGCAUUCUCGUGUGGCUCUUCGGGCACGUCAGGUGCUAAUUGCUGCGCAUCAGCCGGCUUAUGAACUCCGCUACAACCAGAUGGAGUCCAUCUUCCUCCCUGCUAUAGAUAUGUAUGGUCAUUCAUUCCAUCCUGAGAACUUGCAAAAACUGAUCCUUUCAGAAACUUCUAUAUUUGACGUGUUGCAUGCUUUCUUCUACCAUACCAACAUGGCUGUCAGGAUGGCUAGUUUAGAGGUUUAUGUCCGGCGUGCAUACAUCAGCUAUGAGCUGCCUUGCCUGCGGCAUAAAGAAUUGGCUGGAGGAGUCUCUGUUGUUUUCUUCAAGUUCUUGCUUCCCUCCUCGCAUCCCAAUCGAAUACCUCACAAUAAGAUGUGGACCACAUUGGAGUAUACCGAUCCUCACCAUACCCCUAUAGACCCUCCUGCCAAUUUGGAGAACUGCCAGCGCAUGGGUAUUAUGGCUGCCUUCAAGAAUUUUGAAGAUUUUGAAAUAUACUUUAGUGAUCUGAUGAAUUUCUUUCAACCUUCUGAUCUUGGAGGACUAGAGGGAGAGAUGAGCCCUCAGGAAGUACUUAGCGGAUCCAUUAAGCUUGGCUCGUCUUUCAAGGACUUCAUGUGUGAACCGCAGGAGGUAAAGGACCCAAUACACAUUAUGAACAUUGGCAUACGGAUGGAGGAAGAGGAUGACUCCCAGUUGAGUGAACAGUUUGCAGUGUUCUGUGCCAGCAAGAAAGUUGCAUUUCAUGAAGCAGGCAUCCGCCGCAUUACAAUGGUUGUAUUUUAUAAGCAACAGUUCCCAAGAUACUUCACAUACAGACCCAAACAUCAGUUGAGACAUAUAGCUAAACCUAUUGAUCCAAGGUCAAGGGAUGAAUUCCAGGAAGACCGAAUCUACCGUCAUCUGGAACCUGCGCUUGCAUUCCAACUGGAGAUCAACCGUCUGCGGACAUAUGACCUGGAAGCUCUUCCAACCUCUAAUCGCAAGAUGCAUUUGUAUCUGGCAAAGGCCAAGGUAGCGGAUGGGCAGGAGGUAACUGACUUCCGCUUCUUCAUUCGAUCGAUUAUUCGCCAUUCAGAUCUAAUCACGAAAGAAGCAUCUUUUGAAUAUCUGGAAAAGGAAGGAGAGAAACUAUUGUUGGAAGCAAUGGAUGAACUUGAGGUAGCAUUUUCCCACCCACUGGCUAAGAGAACAGAUUGUAAUCAUGUAUUCUUAAAUUUUGUCCCAACUGUUAUCAUGAACCCAUCAAAGAUUGAAGAUUCGAUAAGGUCAAUUGUCAACCGGUAUGGGCGUCGGCUCUGGAGCUUACGUGUUCUACAAGCUGAAAUUAAGAUGACAAUUCGCCAGACCCCCCAGAGCAAGACUAUUCCUAUUCGACUAACUCUUUCUAAUGAAUCUGGAUACUACCUGGACAUGCACUUGUAUCGUGAAGUAACAGACAAGCUUACAGGACAGGUGAAAUUUUCGGAAUAUAAGAUUGACGCCCCUCAUCGGUCACCAUGUCAAAUAGCAUCUCUCAACACCUGGCGACGUUAUCCAUCCCCUGCCAGAGGGGUCUUCACGAUUAAAUUUGAAGGCUUUGGAAUUCGCCAAGGACCUCUGCAUGGUCUGCCAAUCUCAACACCUUACAUGACUAAGGAUUACCUACAGCUCAAGAGAUUCCAAGCUCAGACUAAUGGAACAACGUAUGUUUAUGACUUCCCCGAGAUGUUUCGACAAGCUCUUGAAAGAGUGUGGGAGGAGCAUCUACUUGAACGAGGUGGAGGCAGCGUUCCGAGUCAUCUCAUGAACUUGGUAGAGUUGGUCUUGGACCAAGAUGAUCAGCUGGUGGAGGAGAAGAGGCUCCCAGGUGAAAAUAAUAUUGGCAUGGUUGCAUGGCGUAUGACACUGCACACACCAGAGUAUCCGGAGGGUAGAGACAUCAUCAUUAUCUGCAAUGACAUUACCUACCAGAUUGGCUCCUUUGGUCCACGGGAGGAUAUACUUUUCUUAAGGGCAUCACAGUUUGCACGCCUCCACAAGAUUCCGAGGCUGUACAUUGCAGCUAACUCUGGUGCUCGAAUUGGUCUGGCAGAAGAAAUAAAGCACAUGUUUAAAGUAGCGUGGGAGGACCCAUCUGAACCAGAUAAGGGAUUCAAAUACCUCUACCUGGCACCAGAAGAUUACAAAAAGGUGUCUACCCUAGAUUCCAUUCAUGCAGAGUUGAUUGAUGACAAUGGUGAAGCACGUUACAAGAUUAACGAUAUAAUUGGUAAGGAGGAUGGCCUUGGUGUUGAGAACCUGCAGCAUUCUGGAAUGAUCGCUGGAGAGACAUCCCAAGCCUACCGUGAAGUAGUUACUUACUCUAUGGUUACUUGCCGGGCCAUAGGUAUUGGAGCUUAUUUAGUGAGGCUCGGACAACGAGUGGUUCAGGUGGAAUCUUCGCACAUCAUUCUCACAGGGUUUAGUGCACUCAACAAGCUCCUUGGACGAGAGGUUUAUAGCAGUAACUCACAGUUGGGAGGUGUACAGAUUAUGCAUAAGAAUGGGAUCUCGCAUGAUGUUGCUCCAAAUGACUUGGAGGGCAUUUAUAUUAUGCUUAGAUGGCUCUCUUAUGUUCCCAAGACGAAAGAUUCUCCAUUACCCAUACUUGAGCCUGUAGAUCCAGUGGAACGUGAAGUGACUUUUAUGCCAAGUCGGGCUUCAUACGAUCCAAGGUGGCUAGUUAAUGGCCGACCAUCUCCAUCCAAUCCUAAUGAAUGGGAAAGUGGCUUCUUUGAUAAAAAUUCAUUCCAGGAAAUACUAGAACCUUGGGCACAAACUGUGAUGUGUGGCCGGGCACGGCUAGGUGGCAUACCCGUCGGUGUCAUUUGUGUAGAAACACGAACUGUGGAAUUCAAUCUUUUAGCUGACCCUGCUAAUUUGGAUUCUGAGGCAAAAACAGUCUCCCAAGCCGGGCAAGUGUGGUUCCCUGAUUCAGCAUACAAGACUUCUCAGGCAAUCAAGGACUUCAACCAUGAAGGUCUUCCUCUCCUCAUCUUUGCCAACUGGAGAGGGUUUUCAGGAGGCAUGAAAGACAUGUACGAGCAAGUGAUAAAAUUUGGUGCUUACAUCGUUGAUGCUCUACGAGAAUAUAACCAACCGAUAUUGGUGUACGUGCCGCCCUAUGCCGAGCUACGAGGUGGUGCGUGGGUUGUGAUAGACUCUUCCAUUAAUGAGCGAUACAUGGAAAUGUAUGCUGACCCCUUAUCUAGAGGAGGAGUCCUAGAACCUGAAGGAACAGUGGAGAUAAAGUUCAAGAAGAAAGACAUCGUGAAGUCCAUGUCACGAUUGGACCCAAUUAUCCACUCACUUAACGAGAGACUGUCAGUGCCAGACUUACCCCCAGAAAAGGAGGCAGAUCUUAGGAAGAAAAUACAAGAGAGAGAAGAUUUGCUCAUGCCAACGUAUCAUCAGUUGGCAGUAACCUUUGCUGAUCUACAUGACACCCCUGUUAGGAUGCAAGAGAAAGGGGUUAUUCAGGGAGUGGUACCUUGGGCACAGAGUCGAAAAGUUCUCUUCUGGAGGCUUAGGCGUCUUUUGGCUGAAGAAAGGGUGAAGAAAGAAAUAAGAGCGGUUCAAUCUGACUCGUCUGAUGGCCAAAUUGAUGCCAUGUUGAGACGAUGGUUCUUUGAGGAGAAAGGAUCAGUGGAGUCUUACCUAUGGGACAAGGACAAGGUUGUAGCAGAGUGGUUAGACCAGCAGAUGGAGAGCUACUGGCUCAGGGAGGAUGGGAAACCAUGUCUUGAAGAAAGUAGUAAUUCAUAUGUCUUGGAGAAUCUUCAACAAAUGAAGAGAGAUGCUGCUAUAUCACAGGUCAUGGGUGUUGUCAAAUUUUCUUUUCAGGAGUUCCCUGAGAUUGCGAUGGACACAAUUGUGCACAUUAUCCGUCGAAUGUCUCCAUCACAACGAGCAGAUACACUGAAAGCACUCAACAAUAUGGAUCUCAUUAACCAGCAAGCAGAACCCAUUACCACCCCAGACCAGCAGGAUAAUUCAAACUGACCC